AUGGUUGAGGGACAGCAGAAUGUUUUUACAAAUCGAAAUACAAGGGUCAAUCUUCUGAUUUUAGCGCAAGAUUUUGAGUAUGAUGACAAUAGCUCUGGUAAUGAUGAUGAUAAUUUGGAAGGUGAUAAUGAUGAUGAUAAUCUUGAUGCGGAUGGUGAUGAUGAGCCUCCUGAUGAUGAUCAAAACGGAGUGGAUAAUCAUGAUGCUGACGCUAAUAGCGAACCUGAUAUCUCCGACAAUUCUAACGACAACUCUUCGAGUGCCGUAGAUAACCAUCAGCCAAAUGGACAUGGAAAUGUUGUAGCUCCUCAUGGUGAUGAUAAUGAUAAUAUUGAACCAGAAUUUAUUCCGAUUAAUGGGGUGUAUCAAAAUGGAUAUAUGUUUCAUUUAAUAGAAUCUUACCAUAACCAGGCUUCAACAAGGUAUAGGGAUGACAAUUUAGCUGAAGAAAGGCUGGCAGAGGCGCUUAGAGCGUUCGGACUCAGGCUCUACACCUCCGGGUUCACCUCAAUUAAUUCUCUUAAUUCGGACUCUUCAAUUUCUGCGAAGUCUGAUAGUUCGUCGCCAAUGGAUAUUGAGGUUGCUUUUCAUUUGGCGACACUCUCUCUAGUUGACCAUACCUAUGAUGCUGGUGCUGCAAUGAAUGCUCUGCCAAUUGCCUUCACUCGAGCACCCCUUCCACAUCAUGUGCAGCCGCAAAAAUUGGCCUACACACCAAAGCUAAUGCUGCUACUACAGCCUGUGCAACAACUUCUGCCUUGCUAG